CUACGCGUUCUAUAGAUCUCCAGCGAGUAAAAUUGAUGACUUCCUAUAUCAACUUAACGAAUUGCUAAACAAAGAGAAUAAGAACCCACAUUACAGUUUAUUCGUUGGUGAUAUAAACAUUGAUCUAUUGAAGGAAACUGAAGACUCGAAAACAUAUCUCGACAUUAUGAGUGAAUAUGGGUUUCACUCAACCAUAAACACCACUACCAGAGCAAGGAAUGGAUCGGAAUCAUGUCUAGAUCAUAUAUUUAUUAAAACGAAACAGCAAAACUUCAACAAUCUAUUGCCUAUAACUAUCUCCACCACAAUCACAGAUCAUUACAUAACGCUACUACAAAUCGUACUAAAUAAUAAAACAAAAAAUGAAAUAAAUAACAAUUCAAAAAAAUACUUUCAAAGAUUAGACAAAAAAGAACUGCUUGAAUCCAUAAGCCACAUAAAUUGGGAGGAUGAAUUAUACCCGAUGCAUAAUCUUGAAAC